AGAUCACGUGCUUGCGGCAAACCCAAUCAAGCUUCGAUGUGAAAUGUCUUAUUUUUGUUGUUGUUUUUUAUCCAAGCUCAGGGGCUUCCGUGUCGAGCGUAACAUCACCAAGAAAUGGUUCUGGACUUUUUUCCCGAAAACGUUUUAAUCGAUAUUUUAUCUUAUUUAAAUGUGCGCGAGCUCGUGCGGAACUCCAGGGUCUGCAGGCGCUGGAAGCAGCUGGUGAAGGAUCAGAGACUCUGGAGAGCUGUGGAUCUCUCCACAUGGAAAGGACUGACGUCUCGAGUGCUGUGGGUUUUGCUGCGUCAGUAUCUGGGUCACGGUCUGCGAUGUCUGCGUCUGCGUGGGCUUCUGCUGUCUGUGCGCCGCGGAGCCUUCCUCACCGAGUCCUGGCUGCAGGCGCUGCGCUCCAAGUGUCCUCGUCUGCGCAGACUGAGCCUGCAGUUCACAGACCUGCGCGGUUUACGCAGCUGCAGCCUGCUGCCCUCUUCCCUGCAGGUGCUGGAGCUGCGUUCUUGUGAAGUCUCGCCCGGGUUCUUCUCACAGGACCCCGAGACGGACGGGAAGGCGGCUGCAUCAGCCGUCGCAAUAGAAACGCUGGUCGUGGACAGUGUGCCGUCGUUCUCGGACCAGCACCUGAGCAGUCUGUGCACGUGGCAGCAGCUGAGCCGUCUGGAGCUGCGGGACCUGAGCCGUGUGAGCGUAGGCGGCCUGAUGAAGUGCGUUCCCCCCGGCGCGCAGACGCUCGCCCGCCUCACACACCUGGAGCUGGACACCUGGAGGCUAGCGCAGAUGGUGGCGCUGGGUCUGGGCAAGGGCUGGCCGGGGCUGGAGACACUCAGUUUGGGUGGGAACGAGGUCAAUCCGGGUCUGCUGUCUGUCAGCCGCCUGCAGGACCUGCGCUGGCUGCGUCUGCGCGCAUGCAGACUGAACAAGGAGACGGUGCUCAGAUGCUGCAGGUCUCUGAAGCAGCUGCGCCGGCUGGAGUUCGUGGAGGUGGAGUUCGUGGAGGACGAGGAGGAUGUGAGACCAGACGCAGCGCAGGGCAGAGACGAGGAUCCGGUGCCGGAGCUCAGACGCACCUUACGCUCGCUGCUGCCCGACUGCUGUGUGUGUUUCAGCAGCUGCAGACUCACCGUCAACAGAGACUGACCGAAGCAUCACUGACCGCUGCUGCCUCUGACAGAUCACAGACAUCACACUAAUGAACGCUAACUGGUGGAUUAUAGUUCUCACAGGGAUGUAAAAUGGAUAAAAUGAUUUUAAAAGAAAAAUAAAACAUUGGUUUUAAUACUGGAAAACUAUUUACGUAAUGCAAAUUGCAAAACACCAUUUCUUUAUUUACGUGAUGAAAUAUUUAAAGGUUACAGAUAUUUCUGUCAGUUGAUAUGAGCUUCUGAAACUAUACAUAAUACGUGAACUGGGAAAAUACCGUUAAAUACUGUUUUAGAUUAUUUGUGAGAGAGAGAGAGAGUGUGUGUGUGUGUGUGUGUGUGUGAGAGAGAGAGAGAGAGAGAGUGAUAAAGUGUGUGUGUGAGAGAGUAAGUGUGUGUUUUACCUAAUUAUUUGUAGUUUGGGACACAUUUUUGCCUGAAUUAAACUUGACAAAUACUCCUUUUAUGAACUCUUAUAUUUUCUAAACAAAAAAAGUUUUUUUCUUCUUUUUUUCUAAAAACAGUAUAAAAUAAACUUUACAUACUUUC